AUGUUUCGCACAGGAGCCUCGCAAGGCCUUCUCCGGUCCCUGAACGCCGCGUCACAGCCGAUCUCGCGCUCCGUCAACGCCCCAUUGCGAACACAAUUCAAGUCGCAGCUCUGCACCCUCUCCCGCCGACCUCAGAGCCUUGCGCUGUCAAAGCCGCUCACAAUCCAGACCCUCCAGCUCGUUCGUUCCUCCACCGACAACCGAGGCCCUGUGGAUAAGAUUGAUGUCAAACAUGAGGCCGAGAUCGCCAAGCACAAGCUCGAAGCGGACCCCAAGCUCGUGUCAUCGCAGUCCACUACCCACCCCGUCCUUGGCGAGGUCGGUGGUGUGGCGGAGGUGGAGCACGACACCGAGAUGUUGGCGGGCGUGAAACACGACUUGGGCGUCAUCCGCGAUACCUUCAGCCUGCAGAAUGUGCCCAAGGAGGCAUACUACAUUGGUAUGGCUGGUGUCCUGCCUUACCUGGGAACUUCUCUCAGCACCUUCUACUGUGCCUGGGAGAUCCAGCACAACCACGCAACCGGUGCUGGGUUUUUCAUGACCGACAAGACCGCUGAGCUGCUUCUCCACGUCCUUGAGCCGCUCCAAGUUGGAUAUGGUGCAUCGAUCAUCUCUUUCUUGGGUGCCAUUCACUGGGGUCUUGAAUUUGCCCGCUACGGCGGCUCUCACGGCUACAAACGCUACAGGACCGGUGUGAUUGCCACUGGUCUUGCCUGGCCCACUAUCCUCCUGCCUGUCGAGACCGCGUUGAUCUCGCAAUUCGCUCUCUUCACUUGGCUUUACUACAACGACUCCCGAGCCACAAAGCGCGGCUUGGCUCCGUCGUGGUACGGCGUCUACCGCUUCAUUCUGACCUUCAUCGUCGGAAGCAGCAUCGUCGUCUCGCUCAUCGGCCGUGGUCAGAUCACCGGCCACAUCAGCCAGGCGCCCAACGCCGCUGACCGCAUCCAGAAGCUUCGCGAGAGCCAGACCGAGCAACUCGAGGAGGAGGAGUCUGCUCGACGAAAGUUCUUGUCAUCGGCAGAUGACGAGGAGGAGGAGGAAGAGGAAGAGGAGUAA